GCGCAUGCGCGGGGGCGACACGGAAGCAGCACUGCGUCACUUCCUUGAGUUGACUUUCGGCAUCUGCUGUAUAGCUCCUUUUGGCCAAAAUGGGUUUGAUCACCGGAGUCUGCGCUUUCUUAUACCACCUGCCCCAGAUUUACAAAUGGCUGCUGAAACCCUAUUACAUCACCUCCUUCUUCAUGACUAUCGCCUUCUUAGUUGUCCGAAAGACUCCUGGUUUGUGCGAGCACCUGGCGACGCAGCGUGAAGACGGCAACUCAUGCGACUUCGACUGGAGAGAAGUGGAGAUUCUCAUGUUCCUCAGUGCCAUAGUGAUGAUGAAAAACAGAAGAGCAAUCACCUUGGAGCAGCACAUUGGCAACUUGUUCCUGUUCAGCAAAGUGGCCAACGCCAUCCUCUUUUUCCGGCUGGACAUUCGCCUCGGCAUCCUCUACCUCGCAUUGUGUGUCGCAUUUGUCAUGACUUGCAAGCCUCCUCUAUAUGUGGGGCCCGAGUACAUCAAGUACUUCAGUGACAAGACCAUUGAUGAGGAGCUGCAGAAAGACAGUCGUGUCACCUGGAUUGUUGAAUUCUACGCCAACUGGUCGUCUGACUGCCAGUCCUUCGCACCGGUCUAUGCUGACCUUUCGCUCAAGUACAACUGUGCUGGUCUGAGGUUUGGGAAGGUGGAUGUUGGGCGUUACGGAGAGGUUUCACAGAGGUACAAAGUGAGCACAUCCCCGCUGUCCAAGCAGCUUCCUUCACUGGUGUUAUUUCAAGGUGGGCAGGAAAUUAUGAGGCGUCCAGCAGUAGACAGUAAAGGCCGAGCUAUUUCAUGGACUUUCAAUGAGGAGAACAUCAUCAGAGAGUUUGAUCUCAACGAGCGCUUCCAGAAGUCCAAGAAAUUGAACAAGAGUCGUGCUUUGAAGGAAGAGAAGCAACAGAACUCCCAUCAAGAGGAGGCAGAGCCUGAUGCGGACACUCAGGAGCAAAGCUCAGAGAGCAAGAAAGACAAGUGAAUAUUGGGAAGUGUGGUUCGCAGAUGUCCUGUAUGUUUUUUUUCUUAAAAUGACCUGCCUUCCAGUAUUUUUUUUAAUCCCUAAUAAUGUAGAAUGCUUCAGAUUUUACUAAGUGAAAAAAGUGGGUCAGUGCACUGGUCUGUUUUUGGAGUGAAGUUGAUAGCCUAAUUGUGGCCAUGCAAAAUAUUAGGCAAUGGUCUAGGGAAGUUUGAUCAACUUAUUUAAAUUUUUUUUUGUAAUGUUUGUUGGCUGCGUAACAUUUCUCUCCUGUGUACAGUUGUGGAACUUGUGUUUACUAAUGUCCCAUCACUCAAAAGCAAAUUAAAACAUCCAUAGUUAAACUUG